AUGAGAGCGGUGGCCAUCAUCCUCAGUAUCUCCACCACCACCACUUUAGUCUUCAGUUCCCAAACACCUCUUGUCCAGGCCGAUCCAAUCGAGGCCAAGCCUGGGACCGACCUCUUCAAUCAAUUCCGACCGGUUUACCACUUCCAAGCUCGAGAAAAGUGGAUGAACGACCCAUGUGCCCCUUACUAUGAUGAAGCCACGGGAUUGUAUCACCUGUUCUACCAGUUGAAUCCGAACUCGACAACAGCGAAAAAUAUCGCGUGGGGUCACGCCGUGUCGAAAGACCAAGUGACGUGGAAGGACUACCCGGACGCCCUUCGUCCAUUCGAAGACAAGUGGGAUCGCCUCGGUGUGUAUUCCGGCUUUGCCAUGAACAAUGCAAUUGACGGCAAGCAAACGGUCUUCUACACGGGUGUCACUGCACUCCCCAUUGCGUGGAGGAAGGAGUAUCUCUUCGGAGAGCACGUCGUGUACGCUACGACGGACGAUGGCGGCAAGACGUGGCAAAAGGGUCGAAAACCUCUCAUUGAACGGCCACCACCAGGUCUCGACGUGACUGGCUGGCGGGACCCGAUGCCGUUCCAUUCCAAGUCCCUAGAUCGACAUUUUGGCUACACCUCUGGUAAGAACGGCAGUAGCAAUAGCAGUAGCAGCAGCAGUAACUACCUGAUUGUUGCUGGUGGUCUUCGGGACGUCGGCCCACGCGUUUUUCUGUACCAUGCUGAGGACUAUGUGAACUGGGAGUACAAGGGCUACCUGCUUGCCCAAGAGAAGAACACGACCUUCUCUCCGUACAGUGCAGGCUGGGGCUACAACUUUGAGACCACGAUCUACCGUGAAAUGGUGGACGACGACGGCGAGCUCCACAACGUGAUGCUGUUUGCUGCAGAAGGAGAAACGAAUCGGUACGCGAUGUGGGCCACGGGAUCGUUCGCCUCCAGUCGUGGCUACGGGUUUGACUUCGAGACGGAUGUUUCCGAAGCGGGGCUGUUCACUCCUCUGAUGGUCGGGGUGUCCGAUAACAGCGACUGGUAUGCCAACAGCAUUUACACGGACAAGGAGGGCAAGAACGUCCUCAUCGGUUGGAUCACCGAGGACAACAACUUUGCGACGGGACAACCGCAAGGCUGGGACGGUAUUCUAUCACUGCCACGAGAAGUGGGGAUCGCGAUUGUGCGGGACAUCUACGACCGGGACCGCCACCUCGUGGGCAAGGGCGACUGGAUCGUGUCCGACUCGAAGGACGUGCCGUGCUUUAUUGGGUCGCCGAAGCAGAGCAAGACCAUCAAGACUCUUGGCGUGAAGCCUCUGAGAGACCUAAAGCGGCUGCGAAAUGUGAAGGCAGUGGAGCAAGUGGCAAGUGUAUCCACGAACGGGUCGACGCAAGUGCUGACGUCAACUGGAGCGUCGUUCGAGCUCAUGGCAGAAGUUGCGGAGUUUACGCGUGGCAGCAAAGUUGGCUUUGAAGUCCGUCGGAGCUCCAGCGGAGACGAAGUGACGACGAUUGUGUACGACGACGCGAAGAAGAAGGUGGUGAUUGACCGCUCCAAGAGUUCGAGUGCUGACUGCGCGGUGUUUGCGGACAACCACGUGAAGCCCGUGUCGGACCCGGUGUGGGGCCACUUUUACCUCUACGACCUCUUCACGGGCACUGCCAAGAACGACAUGUGUGAGGUCGCGCGCGAGAAACUGAGUUUCCACGUCUUUGUGGAUGUGUCGAGCGUCGAAGUGUUUCUCAACGGCCGCUUUGCACUAUCUGCCCGAAUUUACCCGUGUGCCAGCGAGACCAGGCCCAGCCAGACCGAGUCAGACGGUAUUGCUUUGAUAGCUUCGAGAGAUGCAACUUUCGAGAAUGUGCAGGUGUGGACGGAUCCGAAACAUGCGUGGGCGGACACGCGCGUGGUGCCGGUAGUUUAG